AUGGGCUCGUGGCUCUGCUCAAACAUACUGAAAUGGUCAGGAGCCUCGGGCAAGAACGGUCGUCGAUCUCUCCGGCCAAAUCACGCGCUACGAGGCUCAAGAAACUUGGAUCUUCAAGUUACUGCGCAACAUAUUGUUCCCUGGGCCAGUGACAAACUCAAAGCGAAAUUAUAUGCCAAUUCUUCGGAAGUCGGUCCUUGGUUGGAAUACCUCCCAUUCCCUGUGUCGGAUCAAAUUCUGAUGAAAGCCGCACGAGAUCCCGCCUCGGCCACCUGGGGUAUUUCGUGA